AGACCUAGCUCCCUGUUUCUGAUGGACUAAGUAAGCUAAGCCUCCGCUUCGCGGGCCAUGGGAGAACGGGAGAGCUUGGGCUACCGGGCGCCCGCUCCCGCCCCUGAAGCUCUCGGGCACUUUGUCUCCAGCGUUCAGCAGUCUGCGACAGCAGCCCUCGCCUGGCGCAGCCCGGGACUUGGCAAGCCCUUGCUUGCGCGCUCCUCCUCCCGCCGCCUGGCCCAGCCCCGCGCGUCUCGGAGGACACUGAUGAUCCGCUUGCUCGGGGGCCUCAUGUCAUUCACGCCUAUGCCGCCGCCGCCCUCCCGGACCCCGGGGGGGCCCACCGCGCGCCUGCUAUCCCGGAGGCCCUGCGUGCCGCCCGCGCCCUCGCCGCCUGUCGCCGCCGGCGAGAAGAAGAGGCCGCCCGAGAUGCUGCUCUCCAGCUCGUGGCCCUCCACCACCCUGAAGAGGCCGCUGGGCCGCCGCGGCCCCGGCCUGGGUGCCCCCGGCACCCCGCAGCCGCCGAUCUCCGCACGCGUUCCGCCCCAGCCCUCCCAAAUCCGUGCGGGAACCUCUACCACGUGCUCCGCGCCCCGGCGGGUCGCUUGCAUCCACAGCCCAGCGGGAGCCACCUCCGCGGGGACAUCGGCGGGGGCGGGGGCGGGGGCCGGGCCAGACGACGCCACGCGUUUCUCCUUGAGCCUCACGCCCGAAGCCAUCCUGGUCAUCCAGAGGCGCCACCUGGAGAAGCAGUUGCUGGCGCGGCCCCGCAGACCCUUCCCCACGCCGUCGGCCGACCCUCGGCGCCCACUGGUCGUCCCCUGUCCCCGGACCAGGACCUCGACCGUGCGGAGGGGCGGUGCCACCGACGCACCUCUAGCUGUGGCUGUCAGCGGCCGCUCUCCAGGCGCCUCCCUGAUGCCAGGAGGUCUGCAGGCCCCUCUGCCCAGCUUGCGCCCCUCCAGCCUGCGCCCGGUGCUCAAGGUGUCGCUGCUCAAUGAGAAGCACAGGUACGAUGACGAGGAGUAUGAGGAGGAAGUGGAGGUGGUGGACGAGGGCCUGGUGCGCAAGUGCACCGAGUGGCUGCGUGGCGUGGAGUCGGCAGCCGCUGCCAGGGGGCGCACCGGACACCUGGACUCGCUCCCUCACCUGAGCACACUGUGAGCUAGGUGGCCUGGUGUGUCCCCACCUGACUUGGAGCCCACCACCGCCUCCUGCGCUCCUUGCCCAACUGGGCUCUUGUGAACCAGGUAGGCCAGCAAGGGACAGGACCACGGCCUGGAACUUUGCUCAGCUGCACUUGGUCAUAGGUGACCCACAGCCUCCUCUACUGCCCACCACCCACCUGUGUACCUUGUACGGCGAGCCAAGUAGGUCAGCGUGGGACACAGCCGACUUGCCUGACUC